AUGUGUUGCCUUCGGUCCCUAGCAUUUCCGGAGAUGUUCUCGCGACAGAGGCAGACUCGGGAUGCAGCAUCUGGUACCUGCGUUUGGAUUCACGACCAUCCCACUUAUCAGAAUUGGGUAUCCCAGGCUCGAGGAUUGUUGUGGAUCAAGGGGAAACCAGGUGCGGGAAAGUCUACGCUCAUGAACUACACGCUCAAUGCCCUUCAGUCAACAAAGAGAGAAGAUCAAGUACUAGCAUUCUUCUUUUUUGAUGGAACUGGGACUAGUCUUCAAAGAAGCCAGAUGGGUCUCUUUCGAUCCUUACUGCAUCAGAUUCUUUCCCAAGAUGAUGACCUUAAAGCGCUUUUCGCCAACCAAUUCAAUGACCGUUGGGAGAAAAUAGGAGCCCCUGGCGACAAAUGGGAAUGGGAACUCAAAGAGAUCCAGGAUUUUCUGAAGGCUUCAGUCAUGACAUCGGCCACCGGCUCACACAUCCGAAUAAUUGUUGAUGCUCUUGAUGAAAGUGGUGAGACCAACGCUUUAGAGAUUGUCUCUUAUUUUGAGGAUUUAUCUUCCAGCUGUUCUCCUGGUCUUGACAACCCGAGCAUUUGUUUCUCAUGCCGUCAUUACCCUACCAUACAGCUUGAAGAAGACGAUGAUCUUGUCAUUUGCGUGGAGAAAGAGAAUGGUGCUGACAUCGAGACCUUCGUUCGCACAAAACUUGGUUCGAAGCGCGUCUUCAAAGACGGAAAAGACGCUCAAAUGAUGGUAGAUAAGAUAUCUGGGGGAGCAUCUGGGGUAUUUCAAUGGGUGGUUCUUAUCGUAGAGCAGAUCAUCACACUGGUUCGACAGAGGAGACCGCUUGGAAUCAUUUUGGAUAAGAUAAGAGACACCCCAAUGGAUCUGAACACAGUAUACCAAUCAAUAUUGGAAACUUUGGCUCAUGAAGACAGGAGAAGAAGUCUACGGCUGUUUCAAUGGGUAUGCUUUGCUAAAGAACCACUUGACUGGGAAGCUUUAACCUGGACAAUUGAACUCGAUCCUGAAACUACCUAUACAUCCCUUGAACACUGCAGAGCCUUGCACAGGUUUCUUGGACUGGAGGAGAUGGUAGAAGAAGUCAAGCGACUUUCGGGAGGGCUGAUCGAGAUGGUCUACAUUGACGAGGACCAAGAACAAGACCAACACGGGCGCAUCGAAUCACCUUGUGUUCGGCUCAUCCAUCAAUCAGUGUACGACUUCUUGGUUGAUUGCGGAUUGAGUUGUCUAGAGUACCGGUCCAGUCCAAUUGGAAAUGCUCAUGUACAAUUAUUGAGGGUGUGCCUGAGACUAAUAGCUGCGCACAGAACGACGCCCAAAUCAUCAAGGUACCAUGCAUUCGUCCAAUGGCGUUACUUUUCAUAUUCAGCUGGCGAUACAGACUCGGACUUGGAUUCUGAUUCGGUUCUGUGCUCUCUUUACCUUUACGCGACAGCUUACUGGUGCUUCCAUGUAAAGGGGGCAGAGAUUCACGGUUCAAAUGAAGCUGACUUGAUUACCACAUUUGAUUGGAUGACGAACGACUUCUUCACUGGUGCCAAUGGCUACUCGGCGCAAUUUAUCUGCUUCGACAAGCUUUGGGACGGAGCCAGUGGAGGAAUGAUGCACUGCGCGGCGCGCUAUGGAAUUCCAAGCCUGGUGAAAGCCAUCAUCAUACGGUCCACAGUUCCACCAAGGUCUGACUUACCCUUGACCGCGAGCGAUCUGGAACAGGUAUCACCAGCUUCCAAUAACACGAUGAGGGCACUGCUCGAUUCCGCCGAUAUGAAUGGGCAAACGCCACUGAGUAUUGCGGCACGUUAUGGACAUUACGGAAUUCUGAAAGAACUCCUCCUAGGCAGCCGGGCGAACCCCGCUUCGAAAGACCAUCAUGGGAGUACAGCCCUUCAUUAUGGAGCUAGCUACGGUUAUACGAGUAUAGUUCAAGAGCUAUUGACAUUCGGUAAUAUCGAUCCAAAGCUAAAACGAUUAUCGACAAAGUAA